CAGGUCCGCUGGACGAAGCGGAAUAGGAGCAGCGGAGGGAAUUGUACCGGCAGCGGCUGCCUUCCGGGGCGGAGCGCCGGAGGACCGCGGCGGAGCGAAGUGGGGACGGCGGCACCAUGAUGGCGCAGCGGGCGCUGCCUAAUCCCUACGCCGACUACGACAAGUCCUUGGCCACCGGCUACUUCGAUGCCGCUGGCAGGCUGACUCCCGAAUUCACGCAGCGGCUGAAUAACAAAAUCAGGGAGCUGCUCCAGCAGAUGGAGAGGGGCCUGAAGUCUGCCGACCCUCAGGACUGCACCACGUAUACUGGCUGGGCAGGCAUUGCUUUGCUUUAUCUGCACCUGUAUGAUGUGUAUGGAGACCCAUCUUACCUUCAGGUGGCCCAUGAGUAUGUGAAGAAGAGCUUGAGCUGUCUGACGAGACGAUCCAUCACUUUCCUGUGUGGAGACGCUGGGCCCCUGGCAGUGGCUGCUGUUGUCUACCGCAAGCUGCAGAACCAUAAGCAGGCAGAGGACUGCAUCACUCGCUUGCUCCAUCUGCACAAACUUGACCCUCGAGUGCCAGAUGAGCUGCUGUAUGGGCGCAUGGGCUACCUCUAUGCACUGAUCUUUGUCAACAAGCAUUUCGAAGAGGAGAAAAUACCUCUGAGUCAUAUUCAGCAGGUCUGUGAAGCAGUUGUAGCCUCAGGAGAAAGCUUGGCCAAAAGGAGGAACUUCAUAGGGAAGAGCCCAUUGAUGUAUGAGUGGUACCAGGAGUACUAUGUAGGGGCAGCCCAUGGGCUGGCUGGGAUUUACUACUACCUGAUGCAGCCUGGCCUUGGAGUGAGCCAAGUAAAGCUGCACAACGCAAUCAAGCCCAGCGUGGACUUUGUCUGCCGCCUCAAGUUCCCUUCUGGCAACUUCCCUCCCUGUGUCGAUGACACCAGAGACCUGCUUGUCCACUGGUGCCAUGGGGCACCAGGUGUUAUCUACAUGCUUCUCCAGGCCUACAAGGUCUUUGGGGAACCACAGUACCUAAAUGAUGCCCUGCAGUGUGCAGAAGUGAUCUGGCAUCAUGGGCUACUGAAGAAAGGCUAUGGGCUGUGCCAUGGAACAGCUGGCAAUGCUUAUGGCUUCCUAGUGCUGUACAACCUCACUCAGAACAUGAAAUACCUGUACAGGGCCUGCAAGUUUGCAGAGUGGUGUUUAAGCUAUGGCCAGCAUGGGUGCCGAACUCCAGACACUCCGUUCUCUCUCUUUGAAGGAAUGGCUGGAACCAUUUACUUCCUUGCUGACCUCCUGGUACCAACCAAGGCAAAGUUCCCUGCUUUUGAGCUCUGAGUCUGGCAGUUUCCUGUCCUUUUCAUUCCACACUUGGAAAAGAGGUUUCUUCUUCCAACCCCCUUCUUGUUCACCUAACUGGAUGUAAAUCCACCCUCCUGAGGGCAUGCUGAGUUCUCCUAACAUUUCUAGGCCUCUCAUUACAUCAUUUCAGCUCAGAAGACAGAAUGCAGGUGUUGCUGGUGUCUCUUUAACACAGGGCUGCAGGUGGGGGCAAGGAAGAAGCAUGCAGGAUUUUGGUGGCGAUAGAAUUUUGCUAUUUCCUGUGCCUCAUUUCCUGGGAGUUUUCUACUGAAUGGAACUUCAGCCAUUUAAUUUUGCUGUUUAUUUUAGUUUGCGUGCUGGCAAAUAGGUACAGAAUUUUACAUGUCUUUGGGAAACAAUAGAUGAAAAAUCCCAAGCCUGUUGCCCUGCAGGUUGCUUCUAAGUGUUGCUUAUAAGGUUGUGAGGCAGUUGAGUAACUGAGCUGGUCCACAUGAAGGGAAUGUGGUGGUUGUGAAGCCUAGUGUGUGCUUUUAAUGUCACUUUGUAAGUGGUACAGCUGCAACUGACACAUCGAAGCCUGCUCCUGAAUUACUACAUGCCUGCUUUCAAGGCAAAGGCUAACUGUAGCUCUUCCCUGCAUUUUUUCCCAGUGACAGAUAAAUAUCCCACUGGCUUUUGAGCUUUUUUGCUGUCCUGUGUUAUACCCUGCAAAAUUCCAUUGAUCCUGUAAUGGAAAGCUCCAGUGUGAAAGUGAGCUAAGCAUGCUUGCUGGUAUGUGCUCUUCAGCUUCCAGCGUUCACUUUACAGGCUUUAUUUAACCUGCUGGAUGAACAUUACAGGUGUUAAGUGGUGCCAGGCCACCACCAGCAGCACGGGAAUAGCGAUGUACUGCACUGAGUUGUGUCAGUGUUUCCCCUCUUAACCCAUGUAGAUGUAGUUUACAUGCCUCAGUUUCUAAGCAUUCCUUAGCCUGGAUCAUGUGAGCCUUGCUCCUGGUUGGUGCAGUUUGAUAUGCAACCACCCAUCUUCCCAGCUGGAAGAGCUGCCCCAGCUGCAAGAGCUUUGGCCUGUCAGACCAGAAGCCUGCAAGGGGUGAAUCAGUUUGUCUGCCCUCAGCUGAUGCUAGAGAGCUGAGCCUAGCACUGAGCACCAGGUGUGCCGAGUGCAGAGGCAGACACUGGUACAGCCAUGCUGCUUGGCACUCCUUGAGGGCAGCUCCUCAGCCUGGCUUCUGCUCUCUGAAAGGCCCACUCGAUGGGUGUCUGGUACCACCCAAGAGCAGGUGACCCCCAAGCCAGCACACUCUUUCGUUGGUGCUAGCAAAGCUGGAGGACCAGAGCUGGCUCACGUGUGCUUAAACACAGGGCAGCCUAACAGCAGCAGAGGCAGCCCCUCCAGCACCUCAUGGAUGGGCUGCUCCAUCCCUGCCAGGUUGCCCCUUCUCUCAGAGCCCAGCCUCCUGCUGCCAUCAUGUGUUUCUGGAAGCUCAUCAGAAGGCAGCCUGAGGCAGAGAGCAGCUCAGCUGCUUAGGCCACGUUUUCGUGUCAGAGGCCUCACUCAUGCAGCACUAGUCAUCCCCCAUCGUUUGUGGAACCUACAUAACACAUGGAAGGAAGUGGCCAGAAAUGAGGAAACACAGCCUUGAGAGCAGGGCUUUGCUGAUCAGUCUGGGGGUAGGAUCCUGCAGUACAUCAGUUACCUCCCAGCUUGGCUGGGGUGAUGGCAGUACAGGACUGCUGGGUUUCUCUUGGUCACCAAAGAGAAGUGGUUUGUGCAGCCUGGUGUCACAGCAGCAUCACAUCCCAGGGUUCUCAGACUGCUCAGGGGAUCACCAGAGCCUGGUGUACACUGCACUAUUUAAUAAAAAUGCUGAAACAA